ACCAUUUUGACGUAACUUUUUGGUUUUUUAUGUUUAUUUGGAAACUCUUGAUUCGAGAAUUUUAAUUAUAUUAUUAUGAUCUUUUUUAAUACUGUGAUAUAAGUGAUGGCGAGUGAUAUUGAGAAGGGAAACUUUGGCGAUAGCGCCCAGAAUGAGCACAUUAAAGAUUUGAACGAAAAACAAUCUAAUCAUGUUUUUGACGGAGCAGGCGAAAAUAUACAGUACCAUAGUGACACCGACUCUCAGGGGUCGAGGAAAAGCAAGACUCGAUACAUAAACCCCGCCAUUUAUAUCGAGACAGUAGAAGCUUCUCGGUCAGUGACGUCACUGCACGCGGAGAGCUCAUGUCUGGAAGUGACUCCCCACCCUCACACCUCGUACCGAAGUAACUCCACGCCUUUUCUCAGCGGACGCAAUUCAAGCUCGGACUCUUCAACCAGUGUUCAAAGAAAGUCUUGCCGAUUGGUUGAGGAUGAUCAGUUAUCCGGAGAUGAUGAGGAAGAAGAAGACACGCCACGUAACCAUCGCACCUAUCGCGAAGACCCGCAGGACACGUUCAGACUGUCAGUUGCCUCGCUAUCGACUACCACUACGGCUAAGGAGGAGCGCGAACGUAACGAAAAGAAGAAACAAGAGGCGUUUAAGCAGUGGCUCGAACGAAAGGAACAAGAACGACGCCAAAAACUGCGCAUGGAAAAGAUGAAGAACCAACCAGUACCCACCACGAGCACUGAACAGCGCGAGGAAUCUUAUCGGCAAUGGCUCGAGCGAAAGCGAACUCAGACCGAGCGCCGGCGAGCGGAGGAGAUCAUGCGGCGGUACCGGGAGAACGAGCGGUUAGAGCGAGAGCGCAUCAAACGCGAGCAGGAGCGCUGCGAGAAGCUGAAUGACUGGUUCCGAAAGAAAGAGGAGGAUAUCAAAGCAAUGAAAACCCGUGAGGAACGCAAGUCUGCGCGCGCAGCCCUGGACGAGGAGAAGCGACGCGCGAACGGGGACCGCGCGUACCGCGACUGGCUGCGCACGAGCAAGCACAAGCCGCUGCCCGUCCCGCUCAAUCAGGGCGAGCUCAGCAUGCGUGGCUCUGUCUCUCAAAUGUACAUAAACCCGAUCCCUUGGCAGUCUCCUACUUGAUGAUGACCGUCUGUACAUCCGUCUAUGCUGAGAAACGACGGUUAGAUAAUGUACCAUUUUUUAAAUAUUUAACUAAUUUAUUUUAGCGAUAUACAAUAAUAAAAUACACAAUGACUACUGGCUAUUGUGUAUUUUCAAAAUCAAGGAGAUUGAUUGUGUUCAAGUAGCGGUACCUAUUGAUUAGUAAAAAUGUAUUUUAGAAUAAAUUUUAAUUUUUAGAUUAACAUUUUCUCAGGAUUAUUAAAUACGUAUCAGGGCUUUUCUCAUAAAUGUAUUUUAUUAGUUUGGUUAAAAUAAAAGAAGAUUGUACUUUAA